AAGAUUGGGCUUGGUUCACAAAAUGGAUUGGGCUUUAAGCCCACAAAAUCCUUCAAUAAAUUAGACCUGCUGCCGGUAAGCGAACUCAUCGGCGAUCCGAACAUCUCAGUCAAAUUUUCCGGCGAGUUCAUCAGCGAUUUCCGGUUGUAUGUGCUUUGCGAUUGUAUUUGAGCUAAGGAUCCUCUGGAAAUAGCCUCUCUACUUGCACGAGGUAGUAGUAAGGUCUGCCUGCGUACACUCUAUCCUCCUCAGACUCGACUCGUGGGAUUACAUUGGGUUCAUUUUCAGGAAAAAAAAUGAAGAAAGGAAUUCACCCUCAAAUGCAAUGGAUAUCCUACGUGACGCAAAGUGGAAGGUUGAUGCACGUUAUGAUGACCAAAAUACACCAAACAGGCAAGGUUUAUCACAUAAGAGCUAGGCGUCAGAUGGCUCAAAGUAUUGGCCAGGUUGCAAAGUUUAAGCGCCGAUAUGGUCAGAAGGAGGAAGAGGAGGAAAAAACAGAUAAAUGAAUGCUUAAGUUGGAAAAAGUGUGUGAAGCUCUGAUGAUUUUGUGGAUGGAUUCAUCCUUAACUGGUCUUCUUGUAUGCUGUCAACACUUUGAAUAUCUGUUAAACGUUAGUGUAGAACCAUUUUUCCUGCCGUGCACACCAAAUUUUGGCUCUUCCUCCUGUCAUGUACCUUGGAUGAAAACAUUUUGUGAGGUUUAAUAAGAAACUUCAGCAUCGUUGUUUCUUUA